GGACUCCCGUUUGCAUCAUCGUUGCGAGGACUGCAGAAAGACGAGAGAUGGGUGGUCUCUGCUCCAGCCAGUCCACCGCCAAGGAAGGCGAGUCCGCCGUCAUCGCGGUCCACUCCGCCGGGGAAUGGGCCCCGAAGUGGCAGUCCCACACCCAAUCCGACAAGCUGAUGAUCAUAGACUUCGCCGCUUCCUGGUGCGGGCCGUGCCGCUCCAUCGAGCCGGCGAUCAAGGAGAUGUCCGCCCGGUUCACCAACGCCGUGUUCCUCAAGGUCGACGUCGACGACCUCCCGGAGGUGUCGAACCAGUGGAAGGUGCAGGCGGUGCCGACGUUCGUACUGGUGAAGAGAGGGCAGGAGGUGGGGCGCAUCGUCGGGACGAAGAAGGACGAGCUCCAGAGGACGAUCCAGCGGCAUCUCAACAUGUGAAGUCGCGCUAUCUUUCUGUUGCUCGUAUCAAAAACUAAUCGUCUGAAUUAAUGAAAACAAACGUUAACGGCA